AUGAAAGCAGCGCAGUUUGAGAGGAUGCAACUCCUGUUUCGGAAGGAAAAGCUAGUUGCUUGUGGGACAGAUGGAGCGGCCGUUAUGACAGGAUCCAAGACAGGAGUUGUCAGCAGGCUUCGUGGGGAAAGGACGUACAUUUUAGGAGUCCACUGCAUGGCACACCGCCUUGAGUUGGCAUUUAAAGAUAUGCAGUCACCAGACGAUGAAGGGGUAAAUGCUGCUCAACAGAGCAAGGCACGAGGGUUCUACAAGCUGGUGACAGAUGGAGAUGCUCUUAAGUUCAGCAGUUUCCUGCAUGAUACAUUGAAUCAUCUUAGCAACCUACCUGGACCGAUGCUGAGGAAGGUGUUGGAUUCCAACACUUACAUGGGUGUUAACCUGAGACAUAAUGACACCAGCCACAUGAUGGCUAACAAAGACAAACUUCUGGACAAGCUGUCCGACAGCAUGGACAACAGAUUUGGGGAUGUGGGGUCUGGAAUCCUGAGCGAUACAAAGAUAGUUAGCUUCCAACAAUGGCCUGAUCCAGAAAACAGUGCAGACUUUGGUGAUUCAGAAGUGGACAGGCUCACAAGUCACUUCAAGCCGAUAUUGAUCUCUUCUGGAGUUGAUGUCGAUCUGAUUGCAGACCAGUGGACCAUCAUCAAGUCCUGCCUCUACAAGGAGCCACAGACACUGGAGAAAAUCACCUGGGCUGAAGUUAAUAGGAUGCUGAGGGAGACAUGCCCUGACUUCCUGGACCUUGUGGAUCUGGUGUUAUGCAUGCCUGCAUCAACAGCAGACUGUGAGCGUGGGUUUAAUGUAAUGAAGAUGGUGAAGUCUGAUUGGCGGUCCAGUCUCAAAUGUGAGACACUGUCUGACCUGCUCUUUGUCCAUCUGUCCUCCCCCUCAAUCAAAGACUUUGACCCUAGCACAGCAGUUGAGAUGUGGCAUGCCAGCAGCAUACGGUCAAGGAGACCAGACCUCAUGCAAGAUGCAGCUGCAGCAGGGGUGGAGGAAGAGGAGUGCAUCUGCUCCUUUUUUGUGGACUCAGAUUAG